AUGUUAACUAACAAGAGAAGACCAAAGACUAAGAGUCAAAGACCUGAAGCCCAGAAUGAAGGAGGUAAUGAUUCCAUACCUUUUGCUUCGGACAAUUCAAUAGAACCUUCUAGAAUUGUGGAUUUAUUUACUCAGGAAUUCAAACAUAUCUUAGAAAGUCCUGAUUUACCUGAUUUCAUUCAAGAAGUUAAAGGUCAAUUAUAUAACAGAGAAUAUAUUUCUGCUUUCAACAGUGAUGAUAAACGUUUUGCUUAUGCGUCAAGAUGGACCCCUGCACGUGCAUUGUCUUACUCAUCAUUAUUUGGGAGUUUAUCACCAAUAGUUGAAUUAUUAGAGGAAUCAGAAUCAGAGAAGAAAGUAUUAUGUGUUGGGGGUGGAGCUGCUAGUGAGUUGAUUGGAUUAGCUGCUGUGUUUUGUAGAUUAAAAGAACUGUGUUCAACUUCAGAAUCAUCUUUAUCUAUGGAUGUGGUGGAUAUUGCUGAUUGGUCAAAGAUUGUUAACAGUUUAACUAAUUAUAUGAAAAGAACAUGGAUUUAUAAACCCGAAAAGUUAUCAGCUAACUUCAUAAAUAGUGAUAUUUUGACCGAUGACUAUAAUAAAUACUCAGACUUGGAUUUAAUAACAUUAUUAUUCACUACCAAUGAACUAUUUGCUGAGAAGAAAACUGAUACCAUUAAGUUUUUACAAAAAUUGAAUCAUAACUGUAAAUCGGGAUCAUUGUUGUUGAUAGCUGAAAGUGCAGGUUCUUAUUCCCAUAUAACCAUUGGAACCAAAAAGUUCCCAGUACAAUUCAUGAUUGAUAUGAUUUUAUUGGGCAAACAGGGAGAAGAUAAUGGACCAUGGGAAUUAGUAGAACAAAGUGACAGUUGUUGGUAUAGAAUUGAUGAGAAAGAGAUAGAGUAUCCUAUGAAACUUGAAAAUAUGAGAUUUUUCUAUAGACUUUAUCAGAAGAAAUAA